AUGGAUUUGAGUAAUGCACCAGAUAUCACCAAAAUCACGCUCAACAAAAUCAAGAAUCGUUACUCUCACCGACGCCUGCGCCGUGGCACCACCGUAACCUACCGCGACAUGACUUGUGCUGGCUAUGGUUGGCUCCUCCCUGGGUGGAUAGCAGAAGAACGCAGAGGCCGCAGUGGAAAGGUCUACAGGUAA